UUUAUUUUGAGCAAUUAACUCUUCAGAGCAAAAAGUAAAGUACAAUAGAAUAGAUAACUCAUUUCCGAAUCAACAAUUGAGUUAUAAUUUCUCUACAAAAUCUAAGUUCAGUUUUUUACAGUAAUUAAAGAAUUUACAAAAAUGAGACGACGAAAUGUGAAAUGGUUUCUGAAAACCAUUUUCUUACCAAUUGUUGCCAUAACUUUAUUUGUAGCUGUCAUAAGUACCAUAUCACUAAGUUCGCCAACAAAUAGAAUUAUUAGUCAGAGUCUUCAGGAAAGAAGUGCAAAACUAAAGAAAGACAUAUCACGAUUAUUUCCUGAUGGCAAAAGCCGAGAAGUACAGGGAAAUCAUAUAGAAGGUGCUCAACGGCUUCGAAUUGCCGAAGUACGAAAUGAUGACGAGAAGAUCGAUUGGCAUGACUAUGCUGCAAUAAGGAAAGAUGCUCAGCGUAUUGGUAUCGGAGAAGGCGGAAAAAGGGCCGUUCUGGACGAAGCAUAUCGCGACCAAGAAAAAUUGAUGUCCCGACAAAAUGGUUUUAACGCAUUGUUAAGUGAUUUCAUAUCCGUCAAUCGUUCCAUACCGGAUAUAAGGCAUCCCGGAUGCAAAAAAAAGAAAUAUCUAAGAAAACUACCCCCAGUCAGUGUGGUGAUACCAUUUUAUAACGAACAUUUCAGUGUUCUCAUAAGAUCUCUUCACAGCAUAGUAAAUCGAUCACCACCAGAACUGUUGAAGGAAAUCAUUUUAGUCGACGAUUUCAGUGAUCGCGAGUAUUUAAUAAAGCAGUUAGAUCAGUACUUAGCUGAAAACUUCCAUAACGCACAAGUUAUUCGUUUGCCCGAAAGGACUGGUUUAAUUGGAGCAAGAAUGGCUGGAGCUAGGAAAGCAACGGGACAAGUUUUGAUAUUUUUGGAUUCUCAUGUGGAGGCGAACUACAAUUGGCUGCCACCCCUAUUGGAGCCAAUAGCUAAAAACCCCAGAGUUUCUGUUUGUCCUUUCAUUGAUAUCGUUGAUUACAACAACUUUGAAUAUCGGGCACAAGAUGAGGGCGCUCGAGGUGCAUUUGAUUGGAAGUUUUAUUAUAAAAGGCUUAAAUUGUUACCGGGAGAUUUAGUAGAUAAAACUAAACCGUUUCGAAGCCCAAUCAUGGCUGGAGGUCUAUUUGCGAUAGGUUCGGAUUUUUUCUGGGAACUUGGUGGAUACGAUGAAGGCCUUGAUAUCUGGGGCGGAGAACAAUAUGAGCUUAGUUUCAAAAUUUGGAUGUGUGGAGGAGAACUUGUCGAUGCACCAUGUUCAAGAGUUGCACAUAUCUACAGGGGACCAAGGGAUUCAAAGAAUCCCAGGAAAACGGAUUACCUUCACAAAAACUACAAGCGUGUAGCCGAAGUUUGGAUGGAUGAGUUUAAGGAGUAUAUCUACCAACAUAGUCCCGGUCUGUACGAUAAUAUCGAUCCAGGGGACCUAAGCAAGCAGAAAGCUAUUUGAGAGAAACUUAAAUGCAAAUCAUUCAAGUGGUUCAUGACUGAAAUUGCAUUCGACUUACCAAAACUGUAUCCCCCAGUUGAACCACCAGACUAUGCAUCUGGAACAAUACGCAGUGUUGCCAAUCCCAAUCUUUGCUUGGACACUCUUAGUCGACCGCGACAUUCUAUGGUUGGCCUUUUUAAAUGUGCUAAAAACGACAAAAGACCACAAAUUAAUCAAUUCUGGGUGCUAAGUUGGUAUCGAGACAUACGCAUGCGAUUUAAAAAUAACUGCCUGGACGUACAGUCCUCGGGAAAAAACGUCCCUGUUUGGCUUUGGGACUGUCAUGGUGAAGGUGGCAAUCAAUUUUGGUACUAUGACCGCAUAAACAAAUGGCUUCAGCAGGGCAAGGGAGCACAUAAUUGCCUCGAAGCAGAUCCUAUUAAACGACGCGUAUUUGUAAAUCCUUGCGAAAAAGACAAUCAAAAUAUGCAAUGGACGUUUGGAACGGUCAAUGUCACGGCUCUGGACUUGUUUUUUGAUGAAAGUCCAAAAGUAUCCCAUAAGUAGAAAAAGCUAAUUUUAACAACGCUGCUAUUUAAAAACAAACCAGUUAAAAUAAAUAUUUGUACAUAUUCAUAUUUGUUUUUGCUUUUAAAAGACAUAUUAUAUUGUUAUGUCAUGCUGCAAAGUUUUGUACAUGGCUCUAGACACACUUCGUCUUUUUUAUUUAUUUCUGCAAACUGUUCCAAACAUUUAUAAGAAUUAAAUACGAAAUACAAGUUAUUUAA